AUGUUUAGUGGCGGGUUUGCCCUCUCGGAAGGUGCUAAAGUAAGUGGAUUGAAUGAAAAAAUAGGAGAAGCGUUAGAAUUUUUAGGCAAAUGGCCGAACCCCGCCGUUAUUUUCGUCAUUACUAUCAUUGUGAUAUUUAUUACAAAUUUUGCUUCCAAUGUGGCCGUUGCAAACGUUAUGGUGCCAAUAGCAAUGCAAAUAGCCAAGCGAGUAAAUGUUAACCCACUCUGGUACUGUAUUGUUGCUGGUUUCUCAGCUUCAUUCUGUUUUAUGAUGCCAGUGGGAACUCCAGGAAACUUGAUAGCACAAAGUGCAGCUAAUAUACCGACCCCUAAAAUGAUAAAAGCUGGUUUUGGUGUAACAAUUACAACAAUUAUACUAACAUGGGCGUUUAUGACUUAUUACGCGCCCGUUAUUUGGGCAUUGGACACAGUUCCUGAUUGGGCUAGUUAA